AUGGAGCAUAAUGGGUCUGCUUCCAAUGCGGAUAAAAUCCACCAGAAUCGUCUGUCCAGUGUUACCGAAGACGAAGACCAAGAUGCUGCUCUUACCAUUGUGACUGUGCUAGACAAAGUCGCUACCAUCGUGGACAGUGUACAGGCAAGUCAGAAGAGAAUAGAAGAGAGACACAGGGAGAUGGAAAAUGCCAUUAAAUCUGUGCAGAUUGAUCUGUUGAAGCUUUCACAGUCACAUAGCAACACUGGCUAUGUUGUUAACAAACUAUUUGAGAAAACUCGUAAAGUCAGUGCUCACAUAAAAGAUGUGAAGGCCCGGGUGGAGAAGCAACAAGUUCACGUGACAAAAGUUGAAACUAAGCAAGAAGAAAUAAUGAAGAAAAACAAAUUCCGCGUGGUUAUAUUCCAGGAGAAGACUCGCUGUCCAACUUCCCUGUCUAUUGUUAGAGACAAAAACCUCACCGAGAACCAAGAAGAAGAAGAAGAUGAAAUCUUUGAUCCUCCCAUAGAUCUUUCUUCAGAUGAAGAAUAUUAUGUUGAAGAGAGCAGAUCUGCCAGGUUUAGAAAGUCAGGCAAGGAACGCAUUGAUCAUAUCAAAAAGGCAUUUUCCAAAGAAAGCAUGCAGAAGACACGGCAGAAUUUUGACAAGAAAGUGAACAGAAUUAGAACUAGAAUAGUGACACCUGAGAGGAGAGAAAGGUUAAGGCAGUCUGGAGAGAGGCUGAGGCAAUCUGGAGAGAGGCUGAGGCAGUCAGGGGAAAGAUUUAAGAAAUCUAUUUCCAAUGCUGCCCCCUCAAAGGAGGCUUUCAAGAUGCGCAGCCUCAGGAAGGCUAAAGAUACAAAGGCAGAAGGUCAGGAAGUGGGGAGGGACAUGGGUGUGGACAUCAUUGCAGGCAGCCCGGCUCUUGAUCCCAUCCAUGAGCUCCACCCCAAUGAGUUCAGUGAAACAGAAGAGGAGGCAGGCAGGACAGGGUAUGUGCCCCAAGUAGGCAGUGACUUCCCAACCCCUGAGCCUUUAAAGGUUACUUUUAAACCUCAGGUGAGAGUAGAGGAUGAUGAAUCUCUCUUGUUAGAUUUAAAGCAGUCUUCAUAA